AUGCCUAUGCUCAAAGACCCUUCAAUCAAGUACAAGCCGUUCGAUCCAAAGCUCACGCUCAAUGAUCGGCAGUGGCCGUCUAAGUCCUUAACGAAAGCCCCAAGAUGGCUGUCGACGGACUUGAGAGACGGUAACCAGUCGCUUCCGGAUCCCAUGUCCAUUCCUGAAAAAAAGCUAUAUUUCCAGGAAUUAGUGAAGAUCGGAUUCAAAGAAAUUGAAGUAGCGUUCCCGUCGGCUUCUCAGACGGAUUUCGAUUUUACCCGUUGGUGUGUUGAAAAUGCGCCUGACGAUGUCUCUAUCCAAGUCUUGUCUCCAUGCAGACCAGAUUUGAUCAGAAGAACAAUCGAAGCUUUGAAAGGAGCUAAAAAGGCAACUGUGCACAUCUACCUUGCCACCUCCGCUUGCUUCAGAAACGUGGUGUUUGGAAUGACUCCUGAAGAGACACUUCAAAAGGCUACAGAAUGCACUGCUUUGGUCAGAUCCUUGACAAAGGACAACUCCCAAGAUGAAGUCUUCAAGCAGACACAUUGGGACUUUGAGUUCUCCCCAGAGACGUUCUCAGAUACGUCUCCGGAGUUUGCACUCGAAGUAUGUGAAUCUGUGAAAGAGGCCUGGAACCCGUCGGCUGAAAAUCCAAUCAUUUUCAACUUGCCUGCAACUGUGGAAAUGGCCACUCCCAAUGUCUAUGCUGACCAAAUCGAAUACUUCUCACGUCAUAUCUCUCACAGAGAAACGGUUUGCAUCUCAUUACAUCCUCAUAAUGAUCGUGGUUGUGCCGUUGCAGCUGCAGAACUGGCCCAACUAGCAGGAGCUGACAGAGUGGAGGGCUGUUUGUUUGGGAAUGGUGAAAGAACUGGUAAUGUUGACCUUGUUACUUUGGCUUUGAACUUGUACACCCAAGGGUAUUAUCCAAACUUGGACUUCUCCGAUAUGAGCAAGGUGAUCGAGGUAGUCGAGAAGUGUAAUAAGAUUCCAGUCCAUCCAAGGGCACCUUACGGUGGCCAGUUAGUUGUCUGUGCAUUCUCAGGCUCUCAUCAAGAUGCCAUCAAGAAAGGGUUCAAGAAGUACGAGGAACAAGUGAAGAGUACUGGCGACAUCAGCUGGACCAUGCCUUACUUGCCACUUGAUCCAAAGGAUAUUGGCCGUACGUAUGAAGCGAUCAUCAGAGUCAACUCUCAGUCCGGUAAAGGAGGUGCCUCUUGGAUUAUUUUAAGAAAUCUCGAGCUAGAUCUACCUAGAGGUCUACAAGUCGACUUUUCAGGACGAGUCCAAGUUGAGUCGGAAUGGAAGGGCAGAGAGCUCAAGACCAAAGAGAUUGUGGACUUGUUCAAAGACAAGUACUUUCUCUACGAUGUUCAAGAUGAAGCCGACAACGAAACGGUUGCCAUGCUGGAUAUCUUCAACUUGAAAGACUACACCCUAACAAAUGAAGGUAAGAAUAGAAGCAUUGUUGCACUUGUUUCUUCCAAGAGUCAGGAGUUGGAAUUGAAAGGUUUGGGUAACGGUCCGAUUUCUGCUCUUGCUAACGCGAUUAGCAACUACUUCGGCAUCACCUUUGAUGUCGUUCACUACAAUGAGCACUCUCUCGGUAAAGAUUCUAACUCCAAGGCCGUUGGCUAUAUUGGGGUCCGCGUUGGGAGCCACGAACGGAUUAUCUGGGGUGUAGGUGUCGACGAAGAUGUCACCGAAGCCGGCAUGGUUGCUUUAGUCAACACCUUGAAUGGUUGUAUCAGAGACAAACUCGUCAAGGUUUAG